AUGACCGCCGCGUCCUCGGCAACGCCACCAACAGGACAACCACCAUCACAACAGCAGCAGCAACGGCAGCAACAACAGCAACCGCCUCAUCCUAAUUUUAUGGGCAUGCAACAGCCCAAUUAUCCGCCUAUAGAUCCUGCCUUCUCUAUUCCAUUAUAUCAUCCACAACAAUAUCAUCCACAGCAACAACAACCCAAUCCACAACAACAACAGCAGCAACAACAGCCGCCCAACCCACAGCAACAACGCAUGAUGCAACAACAACAACAACAACAGUCUUCCCCCAUUCAACAGUCUCCUCAACAGAUCAAUUUCAUGACCCAGCAAGCCAUGGGAUAUCCUCCCAACCCCAACAUGAUGGGCCAGCCACCGCCGCCCAACAUGAUGUACAAUAUGCAACCUUCCAUGAUGGCUCAUCCCAACAUGCAGGCCAUGCGACCCAUGGCCCCACCUCCGAAUGCCCAAUUCAUCAACACAUUUUCUCGAUCCAAUGGCUAUCCCAUGACCGCCGAAGCCCAAUUCGCCAUGCAAGCUGCUUACCGACAACGUUUGCAGCAACAACAGCAACAAAUGCAGCAACGGCAAAUGUACAUGCAGCAAUUCCAGCGUCCCAUGAUGAUGAUGCAACAGCCUCCGGCGCCACCGCCACCGCAACAGCUCCAACAACAGGCACCUCCUCCGCCCCGACCGAAACGACCCGUUCGUAACGCCAAAAAGAAAAAGGUGUCCUACGACGAAUCCUCGGAUGAAGAAGAUGAAAUGGUAAAAUCAGAAGGGUCGGAAGACAGCGAAUUUGAAGACAGUGAUAGCGGACGCAAGUCAAAGCGAAAGGGUAAAAAUGCUCAGGUUCAUCAGGGAGCCCCUGAUGAAGAACCGGUGGUUAUUCCCAUGGGAACAAAGGUGUUUGAGAAGAUUCUCGAUUAUCGUACCAAUGAGGAUACCGGUGAAGAAGAACUCCUCAUCAAAUAUAAAAAUACAAGUUAUCAUCAUGUGGAUUGGGUACCUUUGGAACAGGUUGAAGGAGAACAUCUCGGUAAACACCGUGUCAAGAAAUUCCUUCAGCGAUGGAAUCAAGAAGGACAGAAAGGAGAGGAUUUCAGAGAAUACCUAAAGAUGGAUCGCAUUAUUGAUGAAGGCGAGUUGACCGAUCCUGCCACUGGCGAAGCCAAGAUUUAUUACCUUGUCAAGUGGAAUGCGCAGUUUUAUGAUGCCAGUACCUGGGAAAACGAGGAUGAUGUGGAAGAGAUCGAUGAAUCGAAAAUUGAAGAGUUCCACGAUCGUCGCCAAAUCUCGCCUCAGAAACUGGCACCUCCCCCUCCUCGUCCUGACUUGUCACGUUUCAUGAAAUACGAUGCAUCCCCCAGCUAUCGUUACGGCAAUAAUCUGCGUUCUUAUCAGCUGGAAGGUCUCAAUUGGUUGCGGUUCUGCUAUUACAGCUACCGAUCAUGUAUUUUGGCCGAUGAAAUGGGUCUAGGAAAAACGGUACAAUCGGUCGCUUUCCUUGUCGAUCUAUAUCAUAAUUUGGGCGUUCGCGGUCCGUUCUUGGUGGUCGCCCCACUUUCGACUAUUCCUCAUUGGGAACGCGCUUUCAAAGCAUGGACGGAUUUGAACGUAGUGGAUUUCCGAGGUAGCACGCUAGCUCGUAGCUUGAUCGUCGAUACCGAGUUUUACUACAAAGAUGUGCAAGGCAACACCAUCCCAAAUCGAUACAAGUUUGACGUCCUGAUCACGACCUACGAAAUGGCCUCAGCCAGUGCCACUCUGUUGCGUGAAAUCAACUGGAAAUGCGCAGUAUUUGACGAAGCUCAUCGUUUAAAAAACAAGCAAUCCAAGGUGCUGGAAAUCUUGAAGACAUUUUAUAUCGAACAUAAGCUUCUGUUGACGGGCACGCCUUUGCAAAACAACUUGGACGAACUGUACAGUUUGCUGAACUUUAUGCAACCCGAAGUGUUUUACGACGAACGUUAUUUCUUUGCUGAAUACGGAAAUCUGCAAAGCGCGGCUCAAGUCGAACGGUUGCAACUCCUUUUGAAGCCCAUCAUGUUGAGACGUUUCAAGGAAGACGUGGAAAAGACGAUUCCCGUCAAGGAGGAAACCGUGAUUGAAGUAGAAUUAACCAAUCCACAAAAGAAAUGGUACAGAGCCAUCUUGGAGAAGAACUUUAGUUUCUUAAAGAAAGCCAAGACCAACAAGGAAAUGCCCCAUCUUCGCAAUAUCAUGAUGCAGCUUCGAAAGUGCUGUAUCCAUCCCUAUUUACUGGAAGGUGCGGAAGAAGUGAUUGUAUCGGAAUGUCACGCCAGAUCACCUCAGGAACAGUUCAACUGUCUUGUUCAAUCUUCCGGUAAACUGGUGUUGAUCGAUAAAUUGCUCAAGAGGCUUAUGCAGGGCAAUCACAAAGUUUUGAUCUUUUCGCAAUUCACCAGCUGUUUGGAUAUUCUUGCCGACUAUCUUCGGGGACGUGAAUAUGCUCACGAACGUAUCGACGGCAGUGUUCCUGGCGAUCAGCGUCAAGCUGCUAUUGAUCGAUUUUCUACUCUGCCCAUUGAGGAAUCAUUUGUCUUUUUAUUAUGUACACGUGCUGGUGGUGUUGGUAUCAAUCUGACGGCUGCAGAUACGGUCAUCAUUUUCGACAGUGAUUGGAAUCCUCAAAAUGACUUGCAAGCACAAGCUCGAUGCCAUCGUAUCGGACAAACCAAGCCUGUCCAGAUUUAUCGCUUGAUUUGUGCCAAUACGUAUGAAAAAGACAUGUUUGACCGAGCGGGCAUGAAGCUUGGUCUUGACAAGGCCGUGAUGUCACGUUCCGGAGGAUCUCAUGACAAUGAAGAAGGCGGCGGUAAACACGAAUUGAGUAAGAAGGAGAUCGAAGAUCUAUUGAAGAAAGGUGCUUAUGGCGCCAUGUUGGAUGACGAAGCAAGUACCAAAUUCUGUGAGGAAGAUAUUGACCAGAUUUUGGAACGUCGUACGACGGUCAUUCGACAUGAAGGCAACGAAAAGGGAUCGGUGUUCUCCAAAGCGACGUUCUCGGCUGCGGAAGAUGGUCUCGGGGUGGAAUUGGAUGAUCCCGACUUUUGGGAAAAGUGGGCCAAGAAGGCCAACAUUGAUACGACCGAAGCGCCCGAUGAGAAUAAACUGAUCUUGCUUCAACCUCGACGUCGAAGACAGGUGCAUCGAUUCGGUAGUCGACCAGCGGAUGGAUCUUACUCGUCCAACGAUAAUGCGGAUGAUUCCGAUGCUGCGUACGAAGAAGAACCGGAACGUGUGACUCGACGAAGAGAUCAGCAACAUCGUUUGUGGAGCUUGUCGGAAAAGACGAAAUACGAACGUAAACUCAUGAUCUACGGUUACGGUUGUUGGGAUCAAAUGAGCGUCUACUUCCCGCGUCGAUCGGAAAAGGACUUGAAAGCCGUGACCCGUGCUUUAAUGCGAAGAGUGCUGCCUCAGUUGCAUGAAGAAGAUCGAAAACUCAUUGACGAUAUUGAAAGUAUUCUUGAAACCGAUGCAGCUGAUGAAGUGGCCGACGAAACCAUCCCCUACGCUCACGCUACCAAGAAACAAAUUGCCGAAUUCAGAUCUUUCCUUCAUCAAGCGACCGCUGACUAUGCUGAACACAUUGAACGCAAAGGACGUAAUUUCCUGUUGCGUAUUCAAAUGCUGCAUAUCAUUCGCGACAAGAUUGUACCGAAAGAUUGGGAGGAAGCCAAGGAACUGGCGAUUCCAAAGGUAACAGGCAAUGCUCCUGCGGAAUGGUGGGGUGAAGAAGAAGAUCGCAGUUUAUUGCUGGGUAUUUGCAAGCACGGAUAUCAACAGUAUUUGGCGAUGCGUAACGAUCCCGAGUUUUCGUUUUACGGUCGAAAGUACGACGACAGCAAAGCCGGACCUUUGGAAGAUGAGGAUUCGGCGCCGAGUCACGGCAAACAGGACGAUGACGAUUACAGUGAUCGCGAAGCUUCGGAUACCGAAGACAAGGUCAAAUCCAAGAGCGAUGAGGAUGAGGAGGAUGAGCAGACGUAC